AGCAGGCAGAUAAACGAGGGGUCAUCCAUUCCCCUGUUUAUUUACUCUCUCUCUUUCAGAUUCGGGUUAGCUGAGUAAGCUAUUUAUUCCGAAAUUUAGCUGUCCUCUGUACAGUGUGCUGUGCUGUUAAAACAUGGAAACACUGGGCUUGCUCUCAGUGGCUGUGACAUUGUUUUACAUGCUGCUUGGCGAGAGGAUGGUCAAUGUGAGAAAAAUGUAUCUGGCGUCCCGAGAGCCUGUCAAGAAUCACCUACCUAACUGUGUACUGCUGAAGAAUCUGAAUAAUGGUUCAGAGGAUAUAACGGUCUUUGGAGACGGACUCGCUUUUAUCAGCACUGGUUUAAAUUACCCCGGAGUUCCAUCUUCUGAUGCUCCCGGUAAGAUCUUCCUCCUGGAUCUGAAGGAGUCGGACAUGGAACCAGUGGAGCUGCCCAUAUCGAAGAACUUUGACCUGGAGACGUUCAACCCUCAUGGCAUCAGUGUCUACACAGAACCAACCAAUGGCACAGUGUACUUGUUUGUUGUGAAUCAUCCUCACCACAAAAGCCAAGUCGAGUUGUUUGAAUUUGUGGAGAAAGGAUUCUCCCUGCUGCAUCUUAAGACCUUCAAACAUAAACUCCUUCACAGUGUAAAUGAUAUCGUGGCUUUGGGGUUGGAUCGAUUCUAUGCCACCAAUGAUCACUAUUUUUCAGAUGAACUUCUGAAAACUAUCAUGGAGCCUCUUCUGGGUCAACCUUUGUCUAACGUUGUGUACUACAGUACAGACAUGGUCAAAGUGGUCUCUGUGGGCUAUUACUUUGCCAAUGGAAUCAACAUUUCACCCGACAAAAGGCAUAUUUAUGUGAUGGAUAUUCUGGGCCAUAAUCUGCACGUGUUUGAGCGGAAAGAAGAUAAUGCGUUAGCCUUUUUGAAGUCCCUGGCUUUGGGUUCACUGUGUGACAACAUUGAAGUUGACCCAAAAACAGGUGACCUGUGGUUAGGCUGUCACGUCAACCUAAUGCGAAUUUUCCACUUUGACCCUAAAAAUCCACCUGGAUCAGAGGUUAUCCGCAUCCAGAACAUUCACUCAGACGUGCCAGUAGUGACUCAAGUGUAUGCCGAUGAUGGUCACGUGAUUAUGGGCUCAUCUGUCGCUGCGAUCUAUGGAGGGAAACUGAUCAUUGGAACAGUGUUUCAUAAAGCUUUAUGCUGUGAUUUAGAUUAGGGAGGAAAUUGCCUUUAAAAAAAA